GUCUGACGUCACGCUACUAUUCUUACCAUUCCACGACGCCACGACAAGCAGCCGACGGAAUCCCACCCACCACCCAGCUCCUCUUCCUCCGCCUCUCUCGUCCGCUCUCCUCCCCAUGGCGGCGUGGGCCGACGCCGCGCGGCUCCUCGCCUCCCCCUCCUCCCCCGCCGCUUCCUCCUCCUCAUCCUGCUGCGUCGCCAGGCCGCGCGCCUCCCUGGUGUCGAGGCUCCACUGCAAGAGCUUUCGUUAUACCAGUCGUUCCAAAUCUGGAUUCCAUAUUAACAGUUGUCGAGCAAGGAACUUGAAGGUUAAAGCAAAAAUGGAUUCUGGUGAUGGGCGGACACGACUUGCUCCACUUAUAUUUGAAUCUCCAAGUGGUCAACUUCUGGUCCAGAUACUCCAAUCGCACCCUCACCUACUUCCUGCAACAGUUGAUCAUCAACUUGAAAAUCUUCAAUCAGAGAAAGAUGCCCAAGAGAAAGAAGCCUUGAAAGUUCCCCAGGACCUCCUUUACAAGAGAAUAGCGGAAGUCAAAGAGAAGGAAAGGCAGAACACCUUGGAAGAGAUCAUCUACUGUUGGAUUAUAUAUAAGUUCAUGGAUAAUGACAUAGCAAUGACACCCGCAUUAUCACCAUUAGGUGGCCCUGUACGUGACAUCUCCUCAUUGCCUAACCAAGAGGAUAAGCUACAAAGCAUACACUCACCGGAUGCGCUUGAGAUGAUACAAAACCACCUCAAUCUUAUAAUGGGUGAAAAGGUAGCAGCACCAUUAGAUACUGUUGUUGAAAUCAGCAACUUAAAUCUUGGAAAGCUUUAUGCAGCAUCCAUCAUGUAUGGCUACUUCCUAAAGAGGGUAGAUGAGCGAUUCCAGCUCGAGAAAAACAUGAAGACUCUCCCACCAAAUCCCAAGCAACAGAUAGUAUUUGAAAACCUAAAGCCGAAUCCAUUCUGGGAUAUGGAAUCAUUGGUCCAAAUUACACCUGAUGGAGAGGAGAUCGAUUUGGAUGAUGAAGAAUCAAAUCCAAACAAGUUAAGGUCAUAUGUUUCACGCUUGGAUGCUGAUACAUUGCAAAGGUAUGCUACUAUCAGAUCAAAAGAGUCUGUCUCACUGAUAGAGAAGCAAACACAAGCGUUGUUUGGACGGCCAGAUAUUAAAGUUUUAGAUGAUGGAUCUGUUAAUGCAAAGGAUGGUCAAAUGAUAACAAUUACAUUUAUAGAGCUCACACAUCUUGUCUUGGAGGCAGCUGCAUUUGGAUCCUUUUUGUGGGAAGCUGAGAGUCAUAUAGAAUCCAAAUACCAUUUUGUUAACAGUUAAUUGUGUAUUUGUUAAUCUGGAAAUGGUUUAUGU